AUGCCUUCACUUAUCGUUGAUUUUCUUAAUUCGGCGCUUUCCACUAUGAAAGAAACUCGCAACGUUAUAUCAAAAAAGCAAGUUCAAGUUCGAGAACGGAAGCAAGUCAAUUUGAACUCGUAUCAUCAAAUUAAUGACAAUUACCUAUUCGAUUUGGCCUUGUUUCAUCAAACUAAUCUUAUCGGUAGUGAUUUCGAUUCCAUAGUUGGCCGAAACGUUUCCGCUAACCAGAGGCUCAAUUGUGAACAGAUUUUUGUUAAAACUCUUACCGGGCCGACUUACUCUGUCGAGUAUCAAUCAAGCGAUACUAUAGGCAAAGUAAAACAGAUGAUACAAAGCAAAGCUGGCAUUCCGCAAACCCGACAAAGACUUGUUUUCGCAGGUAUGCAGCUGGAAGAUGACCGUACGCUCGCAGACUACAACAUUCAAACCGAGGACACAUUACAUAUGGUUUUACGCCUUUGCGGAGAUGAUGGAUGUGUGCCCGGUUAUUUACCAUCAAGUGCGUUGGAUCCACAGUAUGAUUACGAUUUCACAAACAUUAGGGAUGCUUGUGUGAUUUAUUUGCGAGGAAAGGUUCGGUAUCGAAGACCGUGUGGAUGGAAGCGUUACGCUCUAAAUGUUUCCGGAAAAUAUGACAAUGGCGAUGAUGCUUGGCUUGGUACUGGUACGUCAGCUUGGCCGGUAUCCUAUCAUGGAACUACAAAAUAUAAUGCGAGACUAAUUACUGAAGAAGGAUAUUCGUUGGACAAGGGAACACGUUUCGCUUAUGGGCGUGGCAUUUAUUCAACGCCUGAUAUUAACGUAGCAGAACGUUAUGCAACGGAAUUUGAGUUCGAGGGCAAAGCAUAUGUGAUAGUGAUUCAAAAUCGAGUAAAUCCGAAAAAUAUGAUCAAGAUCAAGGCGAGAAAAACUAGAGAUGGCGAGUAUUGGAUUUCCACGGACGAGAAUGACAUUAGACCAUAUGGGAUUUGCAUAAAAGAAAAGCGGCGAUGA